CGUUGUGUUUUCAUAUCUUUUAUCACCGUUUAAUAUUUGACAUCAUUUGUUUAGAAUGUGGUCGCUAAAAUAUCGCACAUUUGUAAAUAAUUGAAGCUCCUAAACCAAAACACCAAAGCCACUCUGUUUUUUAUUGAUUUGUACUCUUUUUCUCACACUGGCGUCGUUGCCUUGGAAGUAAGCUGUUGUGUGGUUGUCAAACAAAACCAAAAUGCCGUAGAUUUUAAAUAAUAUGGAAAGUAACACUGAUGCGAGUGAAAUUAAAGAAAGAGCUCUACAUUUAGCAGCUGAGGUAGCAGAGACAAACGACAGUAACGUACCCGUUCUUCUGCUUGGCCUCCAAGACAUUUUAGACAGCUGUCRAUCUGACCAUGAACUCUCUACCCUCAUAAGAAUUUACCUUUGGAAUUAUGAUGUAAUUCAUGUUACCAACCUUGCCUUAAAGCAAGACUUCACAGCAAUCCCUGGUCAAUGGAAUACUGCUGCAAGUCUGAGUACCCUGCUGUGUCAGUGCUGUGCUGGUUUAGAGUUGCCUGAAGAACCCGAUUACAACACUUCAUUUUUACCUGAUGUGUUAGAGAAUGUGCUGAAUAUUGCUGCCAAAUUGCUUCAAAACUAUUCAAAUACAACUCUGGCAGAAGAGAGGAAGUUCUUUCUUGAUGGUUUUAGAGAUGUUGUCAAUGGAUUAGAAAUGUUGUACACAGCCCAUGAGCCACUUGCUUCAAGAGUAAUGCAAUCUAAACGUUUUAUGCAAAUAUUGAUGACAGAAGACUUGGAAAUUGCACUUUUCUUCAUGUCUGUCAUAGAAGCUAUGUGGAAAGCUAACAGGUUGGUACUUAGUCAGUUGAGUUCAGAGACACUUCACAGUCUAUUAGAUGAAAUUAUCUUCAAGAUAUCAACGUCAGAGGAAACUUUGAUUGGAAGGGCUGCUACACGAUUAAUUCUAACAGCAACUGACCGUAAUCCUGCAGUAGUGACCAUACUCCUGUCCAGAAGAUACAAGGGUCUUAAAGCAUACCUGAGCAAAUGGAAUAACAAAGGGUUUGAUGGUGACGUCAGAAGACUAGUUUCACUUCUAGAGGCUGGUACAGCUGCUGAAGCUGAACAAAUGAAAUCAAGUCGRUCAGCAACCAUAAUCCAAGCUUGCUUCCGAGGCUACAGAACUCGAAGGAACCUUGAAAGAGCCAACAAAGGAAUAACCCUGCUGCAGAGGAAAUUCCGUGAAAAGCGCGUUCAACGAGAACUGAACCGCGAACAACAGCGAGAGAGCGGAGAGAAGGCAAUGCUAGCAGAGCAAAAGAGGAUCCAAGGAUUGAGGUCUUCUAUGAGAAAGCAGUUGAAGAUGUUAGAAAGUGUUCCAGCUCGUGAGGUUAAUAAGUUUAUGUUAGACAACCAAGUCCAAGCGGUCAGUAAGAUCCAGGCGGGGUUCAGGGGAAUGAUGUGCAGGCGGCAAAUGAAGUCUGUUAAAGAAGACUGGAUGAGAACAAAGGCUGCAAAAACCAUACAGAGACAGUUUCGCAGGUACUUGGAACAAAAGCAAGAGGCUGCUCCCUACCCUAUUCCUCCUGGGCUAACAGACGCUCGUCGAGUCGAGAUUCAGAAUAUCAUUGUUGAACGCAGAGACAGAUUCCCGCCUAAACACAGAACUCAAGAAGAAUUAAAAGAACUACAUGAGAAGGCGCACGGGUUGCUUGCAAGUCAUCUUGUGGUCCGUACAAAGACGAGAAAGAAUGAACAAAAACGUGAAGCUCUGUUGACCAGACUAAAGAUGGACACUGAUCUACUUUUAGGAGCACCAGGGCUUCAAGAUGCCUCGGCUGAGACAAGUGAGACCUUCAAGUCUCRAUCAGCUCCUGUUAUUGCUAAAGCUCAGCUUAGUCACAAUGAAGAGCUGCGCAGAUGCAGGGCACCUUGGUGGAAGAAACUAUGGGAUGAGGAAUCAAUAGAAGGACUUCAUUUUGAUGUUAACGAGAAGCAGGAUGCGCAGCUUAAUUUUUGACAUCCAAGCACAUCAUUUGCUGCUAUUUUCUUAAUCAUGGUUUGAAAAAUUUUCUCUAGAGAGUCAAGAGACAAAGACAUGGCAGCCAUGUGGGUGGUUAUAAAAGAGAACUGAAGCUAAUAAAAAAUGUUUUGUCGAAGAACACCAACAUGGCUGCAAUGAAGUACAGUGUAAGCGGGUGACGCGCAGACGUGUCUUGCAUUUUGUACACUGUUAUAAAUAAUGUCAUGAAUAAAGGCACAUACAGAUUAUAUCUUGUAGAGAUGGGAUCGGCUGGAUAUCCCUUCAUACUGGCGUUGGGUUUGUGUCCUGCCCUCUCUGUCCCCUCUUUUCCAGACUUUCUGCAGACCAGAUCUCAAAAGAAACUAACGAAAUAAUUUAUUUAGUGCGUGUUUGUGUGAUAUAUAUGGUAUGUAAAUAAAUGUUUAAAAAAAAAUA